GCAGCGUGGUGACAGCUAACACAAUUUCGUCGCCGUGGACGCCAGUGGCGGGCCCGCCGGCCGAUACAAAUGGCCCGGGCCCCGAUACGAAAAAUCUUGACGUCGGCGACGUUAGUGACGAUGAAAAAGAUAUGGCAGCUGCAGAUGCAGAAGGAGUAUGGAGUCCGGAUAUUGAACAGAGUUUUCAGGAAGCACUGGCAAUUUACCCCCCAUGUGGACGACGGAAAAUCAUACUCUCAGACGAAGGAAAGAUGUACGGUAGAAACGAACUGAUUGCCCGAUAUAUUAAGCUUAGGACUGGAAAAACGCGAACCCGAAAGCAAGUUAGUUCUCACAUACAAGUUCUGGCGAGGAGAAAACUUAGAGAAAUCCAAGCAAAGCUAAAAGUUGAUCAUGCGACCAAGGAGAAGGCACUACAAACUAUGUCCAGCAUGUCAAGUGCGCAGAUUGUGUCUGCAACGGCAAUGCACAGCAAGUCUACAGGUCUUGGUCUCGGUAUUACUCCUCCCGCAUCCUAUCCCGGACCGCAAUUUUGGCAACCUGGAUUGCAACCGGGAACAUCUCAAGACGUAAAACCCUUUCAACAACCUCCAUAUCCUGGAAAACCAGCAACCGCUGUAUCAUCAGGUGAAGUAGGACCAUUACAAGCUCCACCUCCACCUCCGUGGGAAGGAAGAGCGAUCGCAACUCAUAAACUUAGGCUUGUAGAAUUUUCCGCGUUUAUGGAACAACAUAGAGAUACCGAUAACACGUACCACAAACACUUAUUCGUACACAUAGGAGGCACAGCAACAUAUGCAGAUCCGUUAUUAGAGGCUGUUGACGUAAGGCAGAUCUAUGACAAAUUUCCAGAGAAGAAAGGAGGCUUGAAGGAAUUAUAUGAUAAGGGACCUCAGUCUGCAUUCUUUCUAGUAAAAUUUUGGGCAGAUCUUAAUACGAAUAUUCAAGAUGAAGCGGGAGCAUUUUAUGGCGUUACGAGCCAAUACGAGAGCAAUGAAAAUAUGACUAUAACGUGUUCGACGAAGGUGUGUUCGUUUGGAAAACAGGUGGUUGAGAAAGUAGAAACAGAGUACGCUCGAUAUGAAAAUGGAAGGUUUAUUUACCGAAUUCAUAGGAGCCCGAUGUGUGAAUAUAUGAUUAACUUUAUUCAUAAACUUAAGCAUCUUCCUGAAAAGUACAUGAUGAACAGUGUAUUAGAAAACUUUACCAUAUUACAAGUUGUAAGUAACAGAGAUACACAAGAAACUCUUCUUUGUACAGCGUACGUAUUUGAAGUAUCGACGUCGGAGCAUGGGGCGCAACACCACAUCUACAGGCUUGUAAAAGAUUAGCGGGUUUGUGCAACCCAAUUUCACUUCAGUGCCUACACACUCACAAUACUAGUAUUAUUAUCGGUUACAUAUAUUAGUAAAUAGAUAGGUAAAUUAAAAACGGAAUUGCCAUUUAAUAUUUGAGAUAGAAGGUUUCGCUCUUUUGCUUCUCUAUUUUGUUUAUCAAAGUGAAUAAUAAAGUGGGUACUUUUACAAAAUCAAAACCAUAUUAAUAUUAACGAUUGGUCCAUUCUGUCUAAAAUUGUUAUUCGUACAAGUUUGAAACACACAUAUCAAUACUUUCACACUGUUACAUAGUAAAAGAAUGUACUUUAUUAUUUUCCUUAUUGUUUUUAUUUAUAUAUUAUUUUGAUAUUUAAUUAUACAACGUGGCAUCGUACUUUAGGUUUAAUAGUGAUAUCUUCAAACUGUAAACUUCACCACAUGAUGUUCAAAAAUAUAUUUACAAAAAUCUUACCCCAAAAACAUAUUUAUUUUUUAAAUAAAGAUGUUAUAGUCAAAACAUUAUGUGGCUCAAUAUCUCUGAUAGCAAUUAUAUAUUAUUAGGUUAAUUUCGUAGAUUAUGAGAUGUCUAUUGUAAGAUUAAGUUUAUGUGAUCCUAUCUUUAGUGUUUUAUAUAGAUUUUUAUUAGAUUUGUAUGUCUAUAUUACCCAGUAUUUAUCAGAGGUUUUGCUAACCCCCUUCAUUUAGUACGUACUUUAUUAUUGUCAAAAUUUACUAUCUCCACAAAUACUUUUUACAUAACACAGACGAUUAGAUCAUUAAAUGGUCUUUUGCCAAGCAAUUAUAUUAUGUUGUCGAUUACAAUAGGUCAUGUUUAUUAACACAUUCAAAACUAUGUUUUGAGGUCAAAUUUUUCAUUUUAAAUAUGUAUCGCAAUAUUUUGUGGAGAUAUAAAAAUUUUUUGUGUUCUUUUGGCAGCCUUUGCUUUAGAGUAAUAUGCGAAUGUUUUCAUAUUUUGUGCGAUAAUCGCUUGGUGCAAUUGAAAAUUAAUAGAAAGACAUUUUAUUUAUUUUAUUUAAAACAAGUGGCAAUGGUUUUGAUCUCUAUUUGUGUUUUUUUAACUAUUUAAUUUUUGCAAAGAAA